GGAAGAUGUUCCUGAGUUGUAUCCCGCGAUGCCCAAGCCCAGCCCCCAAGAAACCCUGCGGUGGGUGCCUCGCCCAGUGGUGGGGACGCUGGGCCAGCCCUCACCCCCGACGCUCCUGGUGCUUCCAACAGAAAACGGCCAUGGGCCAGGACAGGUCAGCCUCGCGCCUGGCAAUGCACAGAAGGCUGCGGAUCGCCAGCAGGCAGGACGUGUGUCAGGCCCCUUUCACUGAUGACCUGUGUGUGGUGGGGGAGUGGUCAAACGAGCCCACAGCUCCGAAGCCCCCGUACCGGGCGUUCCCCGGCACACAGAAACCACUGGACGUCCCCCUCAGUCACACACUGUUGGUCAGAGCCCAGAUAGAGCCCAGGGGCUCCGCAAAUGCCCAUCUCACAGCGGAGGAAGUAGGGCCCGUUGACUUCGCCUGUGUCAGUCGUGACCCAGGGUCAGGGCCGGGCCUGGCACCUGACCUCACGGCUGGGGCGGCACAGAGCCCUGAUCUCCCAACAACACCCCCGCUGGAGCAGUGCUGGUCCUCCAUCGAUCAGCGCCACCACAAGGAUGCGCGGGGGACAGCUGUGUCCCCGGGGGCUGAGCAGGGCUCAGGGGAGGCCCUGAGAGAAGAGGCUCUGGGGAUGGAGGGCCUGGAGCCAGGACUGUACGCAGCAGCUGAAGCCGAGGACGCUGCAGGGGCACCAGACGCAGCACUGGCCCCGGCCUCAGCCCCAGCUCCGCAAGUCCCUUCUGCUGCAGCCCCAGUGCCACACCUGGCCUUCCCCGCCCCCGUCGUCCUGUAUUUCUCUUUACUCCUCCCCACUCUCUUCCUUUUCUCCACCUUAUUGUCCCUGAACCUCAAUAAAAUGUAAGUUGUUA